CUCCGGCACGAUAUAAGCCGAGCCCUAAAACCCUCGCCGCCUUCUCUUCUUCUCCCCCUCCUCACGCGGCGGCUCCUUUUCUUCCCCUCCGCGCUGUCCUCCUCCUCUCGCCGCCGCCAGCCGCCGAAACAGGUGGGGAGGAGAUGUUGGUGCUGUUCGAGACGCCCGCGGGGUUCGCCCUCUUCAAGGUGCUGGACGAGGGGAAGCUCAGCAAAGUCGAGGACCUGUGGAAGGAUUUUGCCUCGUCGGACAAGGCGAGAAAGGUGGUUGAGCUGAAGGCUUUCAACAAGUUUGAGAAUACCUCUGAUGCUCUCUCAGCAGCUACUUUGCUAAUUGAUAGCAAGCCUAGCAAGGGUCUGCGUAAGUUCCUGCAGAAGCACUGCGAUGGCGAAACGUUGGCUGUUGCUGACUCAAAACUUGGGAAUGCUAUCAAAGAAAAGCUGAAAAUUGAUUGCCGUCAUGAUUCUGCUGUGAUGGAACUGAUGAGAGGGUUGAGAAGUCAGCUCACUGAACUUAUGUCUGGACUGGCAGAACAUGAUCUAGGUCCAAUGAGCCUAGGAUUGUCCCACAGUUUGUCUAGGUAUAAGCUGAAGUUCAGCCCUGAAAAGGUUGACACUAUGAUCAUUCAGGCCAUUGGCUUGCUGGAUGAUCUUGACAAGGAGCUUAAUACUUAUGCCAUGAGGGUCCGUGAAUGGUAUGGUUGGCACUUUCCAGAGCUCACCAAAAUUGUUGCAGAUAAUAUUCAUUACGCGAAAGCUGUGAAGAUGAUGGGCAAUCGUGUUAAUGCAGUUAACCUUGAUUUCUCUGAGAUACUACCUGAAGAAGUUGAAGCGGAGCUAAAGGAGGCAGCUGUAAUUUCCAUGGGUACAGAAGUUAAUGAUCUCGACCUACUAAACAUUAGGGAGCUGUGUGAUCAAGUUCUGGCUCUUUCUGAGUACAGAGCCCAGCUCUAUGACUAUCUAAAAAGUAGGAUGAAUACCAUUGCUCCCAAUUUGACUGCACUUGUUGGUGAACUUGUUGGCGCUCGCCUUAUUGCACAUGGUGGUAGUUUGAUGAAUUUGGCGAAGCAGCCUGGCAGCACAAUUCAGAUACUGGGGGCUGAGAAGGCCUUAUUCAGAGCUCUGAAGACAAAGCAUGCUACACCAAAGUACGGUCUCAUCUAUCAUGCAUCAUUAAUAGGACAGGCGGCUCCAAAGCACAAGGGGAAGAUCUCUCGUUCACUUGCUGCAAAGACUGCACUUGCCAUACGAUAUGAUGCCCUUGCUGAUGGUGAUGAUAACUCCAUGGGUCUUGAAAGCAGGAUCAAGCUUGAAACACGCCUUCGAGUCCUUGAGGGUAAAGAACUUGGGAGGUCUGCGGGUUCUGCAAAAGGAAAGCCCAAGAUAGAAGCAUAUGAAAAGGACAGGAAGGGUGCUGGAGCUUUAAUAACACCUGCUAAAACUUACAACCCAGCAUCAGAUCUUGUGCUCGGAAAAUCCACCGAAGAAACACCAAAGAAGUCAGAAGUCGCUUCAAAGAAGAGGAAGCACGAAGAAGCAGAACCCACAAAGGAGGCAACUGAAGCGGAUGGCGAGCAGGAGAAAGAGAAAUCCAAGAAAAAGAAGAAGAAAUCCAAGGACAGUGAGGAGUCACCAGCUGCUGAUGCGGAUGGCGGUGAGAAGAAAAAGAAAAAGAAGAACAAGGAAAGUGAGGAAGCCCCUUUAGCUGAUGCAGAUGGCGAGAAGAAGAAAAAGAAGAAGAAAUCGGACGCCCAGGAUGUUCCUAUGGAAACCGACGAGUCCAGCAAGAAGGAGAAAAAGAAGAAGAAGAAGCAUGCUGACGAGUGAGCUGGCAGUGCCGAAAGAAUGGCUCAAAUUUGUGGUGUAAUGAUGUACUAUCAUCUGAAAGUUUUGAGUAGCGACGAUUCGAGACUCCAUAUGCCUGUAGAAUGGAAUUUCGCGUUAGGAUUAGUGGCAGUGAAUCUACAUUUUCAUACUUGGAAGUCCUCAGUUGUCACGGGUAACAAGUACAAUGCUGAAUCUUAUGUUCCUCUCAUCUAUAUCACCUGCUAUGGUUCCACCUGUGAAGUAGUAUGUGUCAGUAAUUACAAUCUGUUAUGUUCUUGAUC